CCCUCUCACAGCAGUAGCAGUAGGACCUGAGCCUGCAGCAUCGUCGAGUGGCGCUGCCGAGCUCUCUGCUAUCCACUGUACACCUUCACAUUCCCUGGAAAUAAAACCUACUGCUGCUGCUUUGCCCCCAACCCCCUCCAACACUCUCUCUCUCUCUCGCUCUCUCGCAGUGACUGGUGCCACCUCCAAAGCAACAACAACAGGCAGGUGAGAGACAGGCAGACUUAGAGAAGGAGACUCUGACUCCAGUGCUUCAUUCCAUCCAGCCUCCCUGUACCCAGUUCAUCAUGAAUGGACAACACUGCUGGGGCUAUGGGGAUGAUAACGGCCCCUCGAACUGGCACAAGCAGUUCCCCUUUGCACAGGGGGACCGCCAAUCACCCAUUGACAUUGUGCCCGCACAGGCAGUUUAUGACGCCUGCCUCACACCGGUCUCCAUAUCCUACAAUGCCUGCACCUCGCUGUCCAUCUGUAACAAUGGUCACUCAGUCAUGGUGGAGUUUGAGGACUGUGAUAAUAAGACAGUGAUCAGUGAUGGCCCGCUGGAAGCCCCCUACAAACUGAAACAGUUCCAUUUCCACUGGGGCCGGAGAGGCAGUCAGGGAUCUGAACACACCAUCGAUGGCAAGUCCUACCCUGGUGAGCUUCACUUGGUUCACUGGAACGCAACAAAGUACAAAACCUUUGGGGAGGCAGCAGGGUCACAUGACGGACUGGCUGUGGUUGCUGUGUUCUUGGAGACUGGAGAUAAACAUACCAGCUUGAACAGAUUGACAGAUGCCUUGUACAUGGUUAAAUUCAAGGAAACAAAGGCUCAGUUUAAAGACUUUAACCCACAGUGCCUGCUGCCGAAAUGUAGGGAUUACUGGACAUAUGCGGGGUCUCUAACCACGCCACCCCUGAAUGAGAGUGUGACCUGGAUCGUCUUCAGGGAGCCGAUCCAAGUGUCUGAGAAGCAGCACUUCAGUAACACUCCAAUAUCUGUGAAUGGUUUCAUCACACCCUGUGAUGGUGAGAGGCGCUAUAUCAAGGUGCUGAAUCUUCCUGGCUCCAAGGAGAUGAUGGGCCAAAAGGGUUUAGGAGGAGGGUCUGCUCUGGGCCCACAUCGCCAUGAGUCUGCUCUGGGCCCACAUCGCCAUGAGUCUGCUCUGGGCCACACCACCAUGAGUCUGCUCUGGGCCCACAUCGCCAUGAGUCUGCUCUGGGCCCACACCGCCAUGAGUCUGAUCUGGGCCCACACCGCCAUGAGUCUGAUCUGGGCCCACAUCGCCAUGAAUCUGAUCUGGGCCCACAUCGCCAUGAGUCUGCUCUGGGCCCGCAUCGCCAUGAGUCUGCUCUGGGCCUACGUUGCCAUGAGUCUGAUUUGGGCCUACAUCGCCAUGAGUCUGAUUUGGGCCCACAUUGCCAUGAGUCUGAUCUGGGCCCACAUUGCCAUGAGUCUGCUCUGGGCCCACAUCGCCAUGAGUCUGAUCUGGGCCCACAUCGCCAUGAGUCUGAUCUGGGCCUACAUCGCCAUGAGUCUGAUUUAG